AUGGUCGUAAACCCGCAGCAAGGCGAUGCUGCCAUUGAAGACGAAGUGCCUGGUACUGUCUACUUGAUCGAUGAGCAGGAGACGGUGGAGGGUGUCAAACGCGAUGGCGAUGUUGUCCUGCAUCCAACACCCAGCGACGACCCUCAGGACCCGUUGAAUUGGUCUAAAAAAAGGAAAUGGGUCAACUCCAUCACUCUGCAGUUCUACACUUUCAUUAUUGGGGCGGGCUCUGCGACAGGUUAUUCCACGUAUCCCUAUAUCAUUGCCAACACAGGAAUUCCCCUAGCGACGCUGAACAGCGCCGUUGGUGUUCUCUUCCUCAUGUUCGGUUGGGGAACUCUACUAUGGUGCCCUAUUGGGCUUCAGUACGGCCGUCGUGGUGUCUACAUUAUCUCCUGUAUUGGCUGCACGGUGAUGAACCUCUGGGCUCCCUACACUACCACCGUCGGGACCUGGUACGCCCAUCGAUUCUUGUAUGGCUUCUUUGGUGCACCUAUUGAGGCUUUGGUGGAACAGUCCAUGACUGAUAUAUUCUUCACUCAUGAACGAGGGACACAUAUUGGAUGGUUCAUGGUCUGGCUUGGAGGUUGCUCAUACGUAACCCCCAUCGCCUCCGCAUAUGUGGCACAGAACAUGAACUGGAAAUGGUGCUUCUACUUCCCAGCGGUGUUUACCGGUUUGACUGCCAUCCUUCUUUUCUUCGUCCUGGACGAGUCCAUGUACGACCGUGCCUUAAUGCGAGACAACGCAGAGCGUCGGGCUGCGGAGGCCAGAGCCAAUAUUCCAGAUGCGAGUGCAGAAGACCCAGCCAUGACUGUCGAGGCGAUCAAAAAUUUUGAAGCCUCCUCGACUGACGAACCAGCCACGCUGAGAUAUGAGCAACUGACCUGGUGGCAACGCCGGCGACUCUUCACGGUAGUGCCCAACAAGAAGAACGUCAUCCUACCAAUGAUGAUCCGUUCGCUGAAACUGGCGUACGAGUUCCCCAUCAUUGCCAUGAGUGGUUUUCAGAACGGUCUCUUCCUGAUGAUGUUUACCAUCCUCAACGGCACCUGGACCACCAUCUUCGGAGGCAGUCCUUACAACUUCACCGGCGGCACCGUUGGUCUGAUGUACAUCGGCCCCUUUAUUGGCAGUCUUAUUGGAGGUCUUUAUUCUGGUCGCUUCGCAGACUGGUACCACAACUGGGCAGCGCGACGCAAUGGAGGAGUGCGCGAGCCCGAGCAGCGCCUGGUUCUGUACGUCAUGGCCACCGUGACACUCACGGUGGGCAACCUUCUGUACGGUGUUGGCAGCGCCAAUGGAAUCCACUGGAUUGGUGUCGUUAUUGGAGGCGGUAUAGUCUGCAUCGCCGGGGUUGUGUGUGGUGCCUCUCCUAUCGCAUACAUCAGCGACAGUUACAGAGACCUCACCGGAGAGGGCAUGAUAACCAUGACCAUUAUCCGUGACACGAUGGGGUUUGCUGCCUCUUACGCUAUCACUCCUUGGGUAGAAGCCGAGGGUAUACAAAAUACUUUCCUUACCGUUGCGAUGUUGGCAUUUGGGCUGUCGCUCACAUUUUUCCCUUUUAUUUGGUUCGGAAAGGCAGAGAGGCGACGGACGGCGGCCAAGUACUACAAGUAUGCUGCUUCAGCCACUGUAUCGCACUAA